UUUGCACAUCAGUAAGUCCAAGUGCAGAGCAAUAGGAGGUUGUGUAAUUCUUGCGUCAUGUAAGUCUCACUUUAUUUUAAUUUAAUUUAUUUAUCUUUAAACAAACUUUAUGAAAGAGCACAACUCAGGCCAGUCCUUUGUUUUACCAAUUUAUAGUUACUGGAACGUCUGCGAGCAGAACAAUCGGAGGAGCCAAAUUUAACAUAUGAAAAUGAGCGCGAGUUUAAUUGACUGCUUAAUCUACGCGUGUGCGCAUGUAUGUUUAUUCAGUUGCAUUGUACAAACUGGCCAUUCUCAGCGCCAAGCCAACACUGGAGCGGCAGCUCUUAGACAGACCAUACAAUGGCAGCACAAUGGCAAAUUCUUUAGUAUAUUAAGUCAAGGCUCGGAAUAUCAGCCACCGUUAAAACGUGACGGAAACAAAGAGCAGACGCAAGCCAGACCGAUAGCUAUUGUUCGCAAUGAUGAUGCGGCUCCGAGAACCGAUGGCUCAUCUUCCUCUUUACGACCCUCCCAGAGCCGUGGGUCCGAGCGCGCGCGGUCAGGUAUCGGUGUGCGCGGUGGCAGCUUGCGCUGGACACCAGGUGGAGAUGGAGCGCGCGCUAGCGCGUCACCGGAGCGCAAGAAUCACACGAACCAGCUGGGAAUUUCGGUCAAUGACACCGACAAUGGCCGGCGGGACGGUGAUGUGAUGGUUGGAGAUGACCCUUACAACCCUUACAAGUCUACAGAUCCGGAUAACCCGUCUUAUAAUUAUUAUGACACGUACGAGAGACCUCGACCCAGACAGCGCCCGGGAUAUGGCACUGGGUACUUCCAGUAUGGUUUGCCAGAUCUCGUGGGAGACCCAUACUACAUCCAAGCAUCCACCUACGUGCAAAGAGUUCCAAUGUACAAUCUCAGAUGCGCCGCUGAGGAAAACUGCUUGGCAAGCUCUGCAUACAGGUCCAGUGUAAGAGACUAUGACACGCGUAUGUUGCUGAGGUUCCCACAACGAGUCAAAAACCAAGGCACUUCCGACUUCCUUCCCAGCAGACCACGCUACAGCUGGGAAUGGCACAGCUGCCAUCAACAUUACCACAGCAUGGACGAGUUCAGUCACUAUGACCUGCUGGAUGCCAGUUCUCAGAGGAGAGUUGCUGAAGGACACAAGGCUAGCUUUUGUCUGGAGGACACGUCCUGUGACUAUGGUUACUACCGACGAUUUGCAUGCACCUCCCACACUCAGGGUCUGAGUCCAGGAUGUUACGACACCUACAAUGCCGACAUUGACUGCCAAUGGAUAGAUAUUACUGAUGUGAAACCCGGGAACUACGUCCUCAAGGUUAGUGUAAAUCCUAGUUACCAGGUACCAGAGUCUGAUUACAGUAACAAUAUAGUGCGCUGUGAUGUGCGUUACACCGGAAACUACGCUUAUGUGUCAGGAUGUCACAUUUCACAGUAUUAAAAAUCUAAAGAAUCCCAAAGAUUAGCUAAAGAUCAUCAGUUUGGUGAUAAAGUACCUGCAACAACGUGAACAGAAGAAUGGAUGACGAUCAUGGUCACUUCUCUCUCAGAGCCAAUAAUCAGCAGGGCAUUCUAGUGCUGACUGUGGCACACAAUAUAAAAUGCUGAGGAAUAAGUUUAGACCUACAGUGAAUUGCAUUAUUCAUGUUUUGCUUUUUUUUUUUUUGCUAUGUUAAUUACUGAGCAAUUGUGAAAAAAAGAAAAACAAUGUUUUUAUAAGAGUCCAGAGUCAUAUUGUGCUGGAUUCCUUGUAUAGAAAAUAGGAUUAAAUAGUCGUGGUGCUAGUGGAAAGUUUGCAGAAAUACCACACAUUGUGAGGAUUGCACAUUGUCCAAAUCUUUAACCACCAUUCUCUCAAACUGAUAAAAAAAAAGAACAAAUUAAGCCUUCAGGUGUUGGCUAGGCGACCCACACUGAGGUUUUUACCUAAAACAUGCUAUAGUGUGCUAGAGCGAUGCUUUAGUUGUGUAUUCAAAGUAGAUAUUUAUAUUCAGACGCUCAUAUUACUGCAACACUUUUUAUAUAUGAAGUGAAAAUUACUUGAAUAAAUAACUUCACACUCA